AUGUCAGCAACGCCUAUUAAUCCAUUUGAUUGUUCCCAUGAACAUAACUCUUUUGUCUCAUCAAAUGGAUGGAACGAAGAAAAAACUAAGAAAGAAAAAAAGCCAAGGAACAAUCAAUUAUACGAUAUUCAAGAGAUGGAAAAGAUGAGUUUAGAACAAUUAGAACAAAAAAUCAAUGAGUUAAAUGAAUCUGGAAAAAUGAGUAUUCAAGACGAAGAUUUGUUAAGAAAAAUAAGAAGAAAAGUACAAAAUAAGUGGUCUUCAAAGGAAUAUCGAAAAAGAAAAAAACGGAAAUUAGAACAAAUGACACAAGAAUUAAACUUUUUAAAAGGAAAAUGUGAAAUCCUUGAAAAUGAAAAUGAAGAAUUAAGAAGAAAGUUAAAAGAAUUAAAAAUUGCUUUUGAUUAG